AACCACAGGAAAUAACUACAAUGAGACAGGAUAGUAAAACGCUUUAUUUACAGUUCGCUCACUGCCACGUCUACCUGUAGAUCUCCUCUUGUCUGAAUAGGAAGGUUUCUUCAGCUCCUGAUUUAACAAACUUAUUUGGUUUGAGGAUAUCCGGAACUGUGGACAAGACCAAUUUGAGUGUAUUUGAACUCAGCUGUAAGCUGUGAGCUGGCUGCGCCAGUUAAGUUUCGGGAGUGGUGGUGAAGCUUUUUAAAAACUACAAAUAUAUCUCAAUGACAUUUAAUAACUAUUACAUUACAGUAAUGUAUUAAAAUUAAUUCAGUGCAAUACUGACUUCCUUAACUACGUGAUUACAUUACUACGAUGAGAACUAUAAUGAAUCUUAUUCUAAAUGCAAGGGCUUAUAUAGGAUGGUCAAAACAAGUCAAACACAUCAAAAGUUCUAAAUAAUAAAUUAAUAUUUUUAUGUUCAUCAUUCAGUUACAAAAUAUGAAUAUAGUACUUAAUUAUUUUAUUUAUUUCAUUACAGGUUACAUUGAUGAAGAAAAUAGUAUCAAAGAAGAGAAAAUUGGUUAAAAUUUUGACAAAGAUUGCAACUAAAACUUUAGGUGACUCAGUUUCUCAGACUUGUUAAAGCCCAAUGCCUGUCAAGAAAUAAAGACCUAUCGGAAAUUUUGAAAAAAAAAUGAUUAUUUUCAUUAUGCAAACUCUGACGCAACAAUGGCCUCAACAGCAGAAGUUGUUGAAUUUUUCGACACACUGACAAUGUCAAUGGCUACCCGGUUGAUGUGCAAAGAGGAAAGUUAAGACAAGUGGUUAAACAAAAUUUACAACAUCACACUUUUUGGAUUGAAGCCAUUAACAAAAUUAAAAAAAAAUAUUUUAGUAGACACCAUGCUAUAUAGUAGCAAACAUGCUAUCCAAGUAGGAAAACCUCGACUUGUGCGAGGGCCAUCCCAACAAGGAAGGAUAACUUGUUACUGUAAACUUGUUGAUAAUUAUUAUUUGAACAGUAUAAUGUAGAAUAUUAUUAUCACAAAAAUAUUAGCCAAGACCCUUUAGAAAUUUAUUUUUGAAUGUAUAAUAGUUAUAGAUUAUAGAAAUGUUGACCUAGAUGCAAACAUAUUUAUAUAUGCCUUUAAAUAUCUGAUAUUAUCUAACAUGGUUAGUCCACAUUUGAAAUUCUCUAAUUGCGAAGAGGAUUAUGGAGACACAUUAUUAAAUGUUAGCGGUCUUUUCAAAAAUGUUCAUAAUAAUAAAGAAAAUUACUCUGACAACACUCCUAAUGUUUUGCUAGCUCUCCUGUCCUCUUCACAAGCAACUUCAAGAGAAAAAUUGCUUGUGGGUGAUGUAGUCAUGGAAAAAAUUGAAUACCACUGCUCAGCUUAUACUGCUGGAUACAUUUGUCGGAAAAUAUCGAAAGGUAUUCCUUGUAAGGAUUGCAUCAAAACAGCAGUACAGAGACAAAUAUUCACUCUUACAUAAAAUCUAGAGCAUAAAUUGUUGAAAAAUAAUAAUUUGGCAUACCCUACCGAAAAAUUACUUAUCUUGUACAGGGAUGAUACUCACUUUAUUCAUAAGUAUUUGAAUUAUAGCUGUAUCAGAAGUAAUGUUAAAAGUAAAAUAUUGAGCACUUUGAGUUUUUCCUGGCUAGGAUAUAAUAAGCAUGCUUUCAUUGUAAAAAAACUUUCAUCAAUAUAUUAAUAAGGUUACACGGGCACAAUUGGUAUAUAAAAUAUUGAAAUUUUGUAACUGAAUCUUUAGGUGACUAAGCCUCACAAAAGCUUGCUUAUUGUCCAAUCUCUGUCAAAAUAUAGAGAAGUUGAAUGUUAAACAAAUAACUUUAUUAUUAAUGUAAUUAAAACAAUUUAAAAAAUGGCCAGGUUUACCCUAAAUGAAAAAUUAAUAGAAUGUCUACUAAUGAAACAAAGCUCCAAACACUACAAACUUAGAAAAAAUGUUUGUCUUGCCUAACAAACAAAUGUUAUAUAUACCAAAUAAUAAUUUGGCAUACCCUAGCGAAAAGUUCUUUAUCUUAUACAGGGAAGGUACUCUUUUAAUUCAUAACCAUUUGAAUUGUAGCUGUUUUAAAAUUAAUAUAAAAAGUAACUUGUAAAGUAAAAUAUUACUUACACUAUGAUUAAAUAUGAUCCUGUGGUUUAAUUUCUUUAAUUUGCUAUUUGCUUUAUGUAAUGAACAAUAAAUAUUGCUCUGUUUUCGUCAAAUUCUGCCUAUAUACAAUGUUAUGUACAUUUUUAAUAUAACCCAAUGUACUUUUAAUUUAAUCCUAAGAUUACGUGUGUAUGUAUAUGAUAUUGGUGUGCUUGAAUAAAAAAUAAAUGUUUAUGUACC